AUGGGUGACCUGCUGGGACUGAACAGCCUGGUGGCCAACACUGCCUACCUGAGUGCUCAGCAUGUAAAUCAUGAAUAUCUGAGGAAACAGAGGCGCUCUCUCAUGCUGCCCAAACCAAAGAUGUCCUCUGCUCUCCAGGCAGCAGUGGGGAGGAAGUACGAGUCCCUGUGUGAGCGACAGCCUAUUGGGAAGAGGUUGUUCCAUCAGUUUCUCCGGGCCUCUAACCCCCAGUACAGGGUCGCCACUGAGUUCCUGGAGGAGCUGAGUGACUGGAGCUUUGCUGAAGAUGAAGCCAGAGAGAAAGCCAAACAGAGCAUCCUCGCAAAGUUCUGUCAACCCGAGUCCAGGAGCUUUCUCUCAUAUAUUACAGGAGAGGCGGCUGAAAGAUGCAAGAGUUUAUCAGGCAAAAACUUUGAUGUGAUGUUGACCCAGAUAAGAGAAGCCACAAGAGACUUCCUGAGGGGGAGACCUUUCUCGGAGUAUCUGAAUAGCCCCUUUUUUUAUAAGUUCUUGCAGUGGAAGGAGUACGAGAAGCAGAAGAUCAGUGACAGAUACUUUUAUGAGUUUAGGACUUUGGGAAAAGGUGGCUUUGGCGAGGUGUGUGCGGUGCAGGUGAAACACACAGGCCAGAUGUACGCCUGCAAGAAGCUGGCAAAGAGGCGCUUGAAGAAGAAAUGUGGCGAGAAGCUGGCCCUUCUGGAGAAGCACAUCCUGGAGAGGGUCAACAGCCUCUUCAUCGUAAACCUGGCUUACGCUUACGACAACAAGACCCACCUGUGCCUGGUCAUGGACCUCAUGAACGGUGGAGACCUCAAGCUCCACAUCUACGGGCUCGGGGAGCGGGGUAUCCGUAUGGAGCGCGUUGUCUAUUACUUGGCACAGAUAACCACUGGGAUGCUCCACCUGCACUCCAUGGACAUUGUGUACCGGGAUAUGAAGCCUGAGAACGUGCUGCUGGAUGCUAGAGGUCAGUGUCGGCUGUCGGACCUGGGAUUGGCUGUGGAGCUGCCAAAGGGCAAAACGAUCUGCCAGACGGCUGGUACGACCGGCUACAUGGCCCCCGAGAUUCUGAGGCAGGAGAACUACCACACGUCUGUGGACUGGUGGGCUCUGGGCUGCAGCAUCUAUGAGAUGGUGGCCGCCCGUUUGCCUUUCAAAGACUUCAGAGAGAAGGUGCAGAAUGAGGAGGUGACACGUCGCACUCUGGAGGACGAGUGCAAGUUUGAACACAAACACUUUGAUGCUCCCACCCGAGACAUCAUCAACCGCUUUCUCAGGAAGAAGCAGACCAAUCGCCUUGGGUGCCGUAGCGGUGAUGACCCACGAAACCACGCAUUUUUCAAGAGCAUCAACUUUCGUCGUCUGGAGGCCGGACUGGUGGAGCCCCCCUGGGUGCCAAAAUCCAACGUGGUGUACGCCAAGGACAUGGACCAGUUCACGGACAUCUCCCAGGUCGAGGACGUCAAGUUCGAUGCCAAGGAUGAGAAAUUCUACAAGCAGUUCAGCACAGGCGCGGUCUCCAUCCGCUGGCAGAAGGAGAUGAUCGACAGUGGAGUGUUCGACCAACUGAACGAACCCCAAGUGAACGGCCACGGCUGUGAGAGCGCCUGGGAAUCCAAGAUGUGCAUUGUUUUGUAA